AUGGCCUCGAAACUCCUUCCCCGGGCCAGCCGGCUGCUGCGCCCUACCUCAAUUCCUCAAUACAGAUCCUUCUCCGCCGCCCCGCAACGGCUGAGCGACUCGCUCAUGGUGUACAAGAAGGGCGCUGUCAUGCCCCUGCUGGACCUUGGCCAGCGCCAGCACGGCUUCACCAGCAUCAGCGUCAUGAACGAGGUCGCCCGCAUGCUGGAGAUGCCUCCCAUGCGCGUCUACGAAGUCGCAACCUUCUACACCAUGUACAACCGCGAGCCCGUCGGCAAGUACUUUGUGCAGAUUUGCACCACCACCCCCUGCCAACUCGGCGGCUGCGGCUCCGACGCCAUCGUCAAGGCUAUCAACGAGCACCUCGGCAUUACCCCCGGCCACACCACCGAGGACGGCCUCUUCACCUACAUCGAGGUCGAGUGCCUGGGCGCCUGCGUCAACGCCCCCAUGGUCCAGAUCAACGACGACUACUACGAGGACCUGACCCCAGAGUCCAUCAAGACCCUCCUCACCGCACUCAAGGAAUCCGCCACCACCGGUGCCCAGGUCCCCACGCCCGGCCCUCUCAGCGGCCGCAGCACCUGCGAGAACAGCGCUGGUCUGACUAACCUCCGCGAAGUGCCGGAGUGGAGCCCCGAGUUGUUGAUGCGCAAGGACGGUGCGCUGGACGGCGAGGCUAAGCAAUAA